UCAAGAUAAGGUCUAAGAAAUUUCCGCCUCUCUUUCUCUGCGAGGAGCUUACCUUUUCUUGUUGCCGUAUCGUAGAACUUGCUAGAUAAAAAAAAGCGUAGAUGAACAAUUCGGAAAAAGAAGUUAAAACAGAAGCUGAUUCUUCUUCAUCAGACCAUCCUUGUCCUUUGGCUCUUGUCACGGCUUCGAAUGUACGCAAAGCUACUCAGUGUCGGGAACGACGUCCUCCAACUUCCCCAAGCCAAAAACAGUUUAUGAAGUUAAAACUUGCACAUGACAGCCUCAUAAGAGGUAGACAGUAUCUUUCAGUGCCAUUUAUGAGAGCAAAUGGCAUGACCAAACCAGGGCUGAUAACUCUGGUAGGAAAAGAUGGUGUAAAGUGGAAAGUGAAUCUAAAAGAGGAGGGAUCCGGAAGCGCACUGUGUCUUCGAACGGGGUGGAAAGAGUUUGCUAAAGCAAAUGGGUUAAAGACGGGUGACUACUUCACCUUGGAGUCAGCAUGGAAAAAUGAAAUUCCUAUGCUCAGCUUGGUCAACACAGAGUCUGCCAGUGACAGAAAGGAGAGAGGAGAGUCUUCAAAAGCCAUGGAGAAAGAGAGAAGUACUGAUACAUCUUCAAUCGUCCAAAACCGAGUAGUGACAUUGGCCCUUGAAACUAAAGAUGUCAAAGCAUGUACAUUGAAUCUUCCAAGUGAAUUCGUGACAGCUAUUGUCAUCAAGAAGCUUGGAAAGAUAACCUUUCUUGGUAAGGAUGGAAUGAAGUGGUGGGGAUGUCUUCUGUCAGGAAAUGGAUCCGUAGCUGUUGGAAUUGGUUGGAGAAAUUUCUGUGAGGCUAAUGGUGUAAAGUUAGGUGAGUCAUUCAGCCUGGUGCUCAUUAACGAAGAAGAGGACACAGGUCCGAUAUUCAAGUUCAGUCCCAACUCCGGGAACUGA